UGGUUGCAAGCAGAAUUAUCAACCAUAUAGUUUGCGCUACCGACCGGUGCGGUGAAGUCCGAUAUUGGAAAUGGGCAAUAACGCCAAAUUAAGGUUCAAGAAAUUUGCGUCAAUCCAAGAGUAGGAUUGCAACUGCUGCAGGCCUCUCCGACUUCUCAAAUGUUUCAAACCCAGGGUUUUAGGGCACUCGACUUUCCUGUUAAAGCCAAAAUGCCGUUCGACUUGGUCCUUCCCCAUUACCUGUCCAACGAGGAACUCGGUUACAGGAAGAUCCCCAAACCUUGCAUCAAUCCCACUUUAACAUUUACCCAAUCAAGAGGGUUCGACCAAAUCGACUCAAACGAUGUUUUGCACAACAACGACAAGAACAAGAAGGAGAAAAAGACGAAAAAGUCAGUGUCUUUCGCGGAUCACAGAGGUCUUUCGCUGACCCGGGUCAAGACAUUCUCGGAGAGUAAAGACUCCAUUGAGAUUCCUAUCAACAUUCAAAAGCUGUUCAGCAACUCGGCCCAGCUCUCGGCGGUGGAGGAGGAGGAGGACAAACUGGUGUUGGAUUUCACGCAACCCUCCGCCGACUACAUGCAGUUCCGCCGGCGGCUAGGGUGGUGCAACGUCUGCCUGGAGCACUGCAUGCUCAAGGAGAAGACGCUGGCUGGGACCGUUCGAGUGAAAAACCUAUCCCCGGAGAAAUCUGUGACCGUGCGCAUCACCUUUGACUCCUGGAAAAGCUACACUAACGUGACUUGCGCUUACGUCAUGAGCACGUAUCCAGACACCGAGCACGACACGUUCUCGUUUGAGGUGCUAUUGCCAGAUGUUCUGGUGCCGCACGAGCGCAUUGAGUUCGCUAUCUGUUAUGAAGGGGGCGGCAGUGUGCAUUGGGACAGCAACCAGGGCAAGAACUACAAGGUGGUGUGGUCAUCACAGAGGGAACGGGGUCGACACCACCAGGGGAGGCGACGCUCGUCUCUUCUGGGGAUCCACUUUGACACCUACGGCAGCCCCACGUGUUCCCACGGGCUCUUCCCGGAUUGGCCAGGCUAUAAUGUGUACGAAAACAUUGGGCCUUAUUAUUGAGCGUCUUCUCAAGGAAUGUUUGAAUCACACGUUUUAACGUGUACACACACACACACACACACACACACACACACACACACACACACACACACACACAC